GCCGGUCCUGUCCCGCCCCGGACUAUAAAGGCAGCGUGUGACGUCACGGGGCUGUUUCCCAGGAUCGCUGCGGGAGAGGGAAGCUGCUGCUCGGGAAGAGUGUGGAGAAAGCCGCCAGUGGAGGGACGCAGCCUACUGGAGAACAGCCGGCUGAAGCUGCGCGCUUGUUUCUGGGGAUUUAAAGGCGCGGUUCUACAUUCGGUUCGACCCAAACUGAGUUCCGGCAGGUCCGUCUAGAAGAGCCAGAACUGUGGUAUCGCCGCCAUGGAGGAUGGGAAGCCGGUGUGGGCGCCUCACCCGAUGGAUGGGUUCCAACUGGGAACUAUCGUUGACAUCGGCGCCGACAGCCUCACCAUCGAGCCUCUGAAGCAGAAGGGAAAGACGUUUCUGGCUCCCGUCAACCAGGUUUUCCCCGCUGAAGACGACAUCAACAAACACGUGGAGGAUAACUGUUCUCUGAUGUACCUGAAUGAAGCCACUCUGCUCAACAACGUCCGAGUUCGCUACAGCAAGGACAAAAUCUACACGUACGUGGCCAACAUCCUGAUCGCCGUCAACCCGUACUACGACAUCCCCAAGCUCUACUCGGCGGACACCAUCAAGCAGUACCAGGGCCGGUCUCUAGGGACGCUGCCGCCGCACGUCUAUGCCAUCGCUGACAAGGCGUACCGGGACAUGAAGGUCCUCAAGAUGAGCCAGUCCAUCAUCGUGUCAGGAGAGUCCGGCGCCGGCAAGACGGAAAACACCAAGUUCGUUCUCAGGUACCUGACGACUUCAUACGGGACGGGUCAGGACAUCGACGAGCGGAUUGUGGAAGCCAACCCCCUGCUGGAGGCUUUUGGGAAUGCGAAGACCGUUCGGAACAACAACAGCAGCCGCUUCGGGAAGUUUGUGGAGAUCCACUUCAACGAGAAGAAUGCGGUCGUCGGCGGAUUCGUGUCCCACUACCUCCUGGAGAAGUCCCGGAUCUGCACACAGGGCUCCGAGGAGAGGAACUACCACAUCUUCUACCGCCUGUGUGCCGGAGCGCCGGAGGACAUCCGCCAGAAGUUCCACCUCAGCUCCCCGGACACCUUCAGGUAUCUGAACAGAGGAUGCACUCGCUUCUUCGCCACCAAAGACACGGAUCAGCAGAUCCUGCAGAACCGGAAGAGUUCAGAGCACAGCAAGGCCGGUCCGCUGAAGGACCCGCUGCUGGACGACCACGGAGACUUCACCAGGAUGAGCGUCGCCAUGAAGAAGAUCGGCCUGGGCGACACCGAGAAGCUGGACCUGUUCCGGGUGGUGGCCGGCGUUCUGCAUCUGGGCAACAUCGACUUUGAGGAGGCCGGAAGCACCUCAGGCGGCUGCACCAUCAGGAACCAGUCGGGCCAGACGCUGCAGCACUGCGCUGAGCUGCUGGGCCUGGAGCAAGACGACCUCAGGGUCAGCCUCACCACCAGGGUCAUGCUCACGUCAGCAGGGGGUGCCAAGGGGACGGCUAUCAAGGUGCCCCUGAAGGUGGAGCAGGCCAACAACGCCCGGGACGCGUUGGCCAAGGCCACCUACAGCCGGCUCUUCGACCAUGUGGUGACGCGGGUCAACCAGUGCUUCCCCUUCGACUCCUCGGCUAACUUCAUCGGCGUGCUGGACAUCGCCGGCUUCGAAUACUUUGAACACAACAGCUUUGAGCAGUUCUGCAUCAACUACUGCAACGAGAAGCUGCAGCAGUUCUUCAACGAGCGCAUCCUGAAGGAGGAACAAGAGCUGUACCAGAAGGAGGGGCUGGGGGUCAACGAGGUUCACUACGUCGACAACCAGGACUGCAUCGACCUGGUGGAGGCCAAGCUGGUGGGCAUUCUGGACAUCUUGGACGAGGAGAACCGCCUGCCUCAGCCCAGCGACCAGCACUUCACUGACACGGUUCACAGCAAGCACAGGAACCACUUUCGCCUCACGAUUCCCAGGAAGUCCAAGCUGACCGUUCACCGGAACGUCCGGGACGAUGAAGGUUUCAUCAUCCGCCACUUUGCAGGAGCCGUGUGCUAUGAGACGACCCAGUUUGUGGAGAAGAACAACGAUGCGCUGCACAUGUCCCUGGAGAACCUGGUGAGCGAGUCCAAGGACGGCUUCGUCCGCCGGCUCUUUGAGAACGCCGCCAGCAGCCGAGACGCCAAGCAGAAGGCCGGGAAGCUCAGCUUCAUCAGCGUCGGAAACAAGUUCAAGAUGCAGCUGAAUAUUCUCCUGGACAAGCUGCGCAGCACGGGCUCCAGUUUCAUCCGCUGCAUCAAACCCAACCUGAAGAUGGUCAGCCACCAGUUUGAAGGAGCUCAGAUCCUCUCCCAGCUGCAGUGCUCCGGAAUGGUGUCGGUUCUGGACCUGAUGCAGGGCGGCUUUCCCUCCAGAGCUCCUUUCCAUGAACUCUACAACAUGUACCAGAAGUACAUGCCGCCCAAGCUGACCCGCCUCGACCCGCGGCUCUUCUGUAAGGCUUUGUUUAAAGCUCUGGGACUCGACGAGAACGACUACAAGUUCGGCCUCACCAAAGUGUUCUUCCGCCCUGGAAAGUUCGCAGAGUUUGACCAGAUCAUGAGGUCCGACCCGGAGCACCUGGCGGCGCUGGUCCAGAAGGUCAACAAAUGGCUGAUCCACAGCCGCUGGAAGAAGGUCCAGUGGUGCGCUCUGUCCGUCAUCAAGCUAAAGAACAAGAUCCUGUACCGGACCGGCGCCUGCAUCACCAUGCAGAAGACGGUCCGCAUGUGGCUCUGCAGGAAGAAGCACAAGCCUCGCAUCGACGGGCUGGUGAAGGUCCAGAACCUGAGGAAGAGGAUGGGCCGCUUCACGGAGGUGGUGGGAGGCCUGAAGGAGGGAAAGCAGGAGAUGAGCCAGCAGAUCCUGGAGCUGGAGAACGCCAUCAACGCCCUGACGCUGAAGAUCAAGAACACCGUGAUGAGCCGCAUCGACAUCGACCACGAGUACCAGGUUCUGGUGAAGCGGUCGGAGAAGCUGCUGACGGACCUGCAGAACAAGAAGAAGGAGGAGGAAGAGCGCGAGCGUCUGCGCCGCAUCCAGGAGGAGAUGGAGCGCGAGAGGAAGAGGAGGGAGGAGGAAGAGCAGCGCCGCAGGCAGGAGGAGGAUGAGCGCCGCCUGAAAGCAGAGAUGGAGCUAAAGAGGAAGCAGGAAGAGGAGGAAAGGAAGAAGAGGGAGGAAGAGGAGAGGCGGCUUCAGGCGGAGCUGGAGCUGCAGCUGCAGGCGGAGCGGGAGGAGGAAGUGGCACGGCAGGCGGUGCUGGAGCAGGAGCGGAGGGACCGGGAGCUGGCCAUGCGGAUCGCCCAGAGCGAGGCGGAGCUGAUUCCCGACGAGACACUGAGUGACUCGGGGUUGCGCAGUAACGGCUCCUCCGUUCCAUCGUCUCCAGAGAGAGCAGCCCUGCAGGUCGGCGCCAAGCUGAAGAGCUACACCAUGGAGGAAAUGGCGAAGGAGAUGACCGAACUUCUGGCCCGAGGGCCGCAGGUUCAGGCCAACAAAGCUGCUGCCAACGCCAAAAAGUUUGAGUUGAGCAAGUGGAAGUACGCUGAGCUGCGGGACGCCAUCAACACAUCCUGUGACAUCGAGCUGCUGGCGGCCUGCAGGGAGGAGUUCCACCGGCGGCUGAAGGUGUACCACGCCUGGAAGGCCCGGAACAAGAAGAGGAACGCCGAGGCGGAUCAGCGGGCGCCGCGCUCCGUCAUGGAAUACGAUGUUCCGUCUGCAGCCAGAGAAACGCCAGCCCAGCAGAGCUUGGCCCCGCCCCUCCCGGCUCGGCAGCAGGACCUGUCGGCCAAUCGGCAGCAGCGUUACUUCCGCAUCCCGUUCAUUCGGCCGGCGGAGCAGUUCAAGGAGCCGCAGCAGAAGAAAGGCUGGUGGUACGCGCACUUCGACGGCGCCUGGAUCGCCCGACAGAUGGAGCUGCACCCCGACAAGCAUCCCAUCCUGCUGGUGGCAGGGAAGGACGACAUGGAGAUGUGCGAGCUGAGCCUGGAGGAGACGGGUCUGUCCCGGAAGCGCGGCGCGGAGAUUCUGCCCCGGCAGUUCGAGGAGAUCUGGGAGCGCUGCGGCGGCGUGCAGUACCUGCGCAGCGCCAUCGAGAGCCGCCAGGCGCGCCCCACCUAUGCCACCGCCAUGCUGCAGAGCCUGCUGAAGUGACGGGGCGCGCCACCGCUCCCGUCCUGCAGGAGGAGCUAACCCCACUAGCCAAUUUUAACGUCUGCAGGCUAAAGGAGGCUAACAUGCUAACUCAGGCUAACAGGCUAGCGGGCUAACAGGCUAGCUGCUGCAGUCGGACCUCCACACCUGGAAUAUCUCGUUCCUCUAAUCAUGCAUUCCUGAUUUAUUCCGAUGAAGCGUUCCCACCCGGCAGUGGGCCGAUGACCCGGUCGGGUCGGUUCUGCUGGGCCGGAGCGGCGGCGUGAGGCGGAGCCGCUCCUCAUCCUGAUUGAUGCUCGUUUCCGUUCUGGCCGAAUGUUUUCCAGACGUGAUUGAUUUGUUGAAUGAAUCUCGUUUUUCCCUGUUUCUGUUUGAUUUGGGAAUGUUGUAUCCUGGAGCGGCUCUGACAUCAUUUCCUGUUUGAAAAGGAAAAUGAAACGAUUAUGCAACAGCUGAGAACGGACGCUCCGGGAUCUGCUUCCUCCCAGACUGUGACGCUCCGGAGCGGAUCGACCGGAAAACGAGUUUAUUUUUGGGAGAAAGUUUCUACUUUUGUGGUUCCGAAUGAGAAGCAAUAAAAUAUGCAGGAAUCAAACCGGCAACCUGUCUGUUCUCUACUAGAAACCCGCAGAAGGAACCGGGUCAGAACCGGCAGGUCCAAACGGCGUCGACAUCUAGCCUGAACUGGGCCGUCGGGUCGGCAUGUUGAUGCUGUUGGGAAAGGAACCGGAACCGUUGCAGGAGGUUCUGAUCCGCUUCUGACCCUGAUCUCUAAUGGCUGAAUAAAGUGUUUCCUGUUCUA